GUCCCCUCGGUGCAUCACGACUCACGUACGCUCUGAACAAGGAAGCCCUCAGGACCCUCGACUGGUGUCCUUCUACACCUUUGAUGGAAUCCUCACAAAGCUCUGGACAAGGUACUGGCGCAUUUCGCGUGGGCUGCAAAAAGUGUGGCUUCACCGGCCACUUGACAUUCCAGUGUAGGAAUUACCUCCGUGGGGAAAUUUCUGGCGACGUUGUCCUUGACGUUAGUAGCACUAGUUCUCAGUCAGAUGAUGAUGCCUUGAUUGCUUCGGCUAUUGAACUCAAACGUGUGGCCCUCGCUGCUAAACUUGAGAAGAAAAAAGAACAGAAAAAAUCUAAUCGGGAAAAACGGAAAAAGAAAAAACAUGAAAGGUCCCGGGAUCACGCGUCUUCCGAUUCUUCGACUGAUCUUCAUCACGUUAAGGGUGAACGCAAAAAGAAGAAGCGACGCAAACAUCACAAGAAGAAGGACAAGGAAAUAAACACAUAGUGUCGCCUCUUGCUUUCACUGAACAACAGUCACGCGUCCAGUUCAUUUUGCGCAUUUGUCAACAUGUUACAUUUUCCGUUUGUAUAUAUGCAAUAUUUGCAUGCGCAAUCCAGGGUAUUGCUUCCUAUGGGAUGUUUGAAAUUUCUUAGGCGUACGUGUACCCCUUAACGCUUUUUGACUUCCAAUGUUGACUUUGCCCUGAACCAACUGUCAUUAACAUUUAUAUGUACAUAUAAUAAUAAUGUCGAUUCUCUUCAUUUA